AUGAGCCAGUACCAGCCCAAUGCCGCUCCAGGCAAGUCGCUCAUCUCCAAGAUUAAUUCCAAGUUCUCCAACAUGUCCAUCACGCUGCAUGUGGAGAAGGAUGGCUCUACAGAAGACGACACUCUCAUUCAUAAUGCUUUCGUUAAAUUCUUUGACUCGCAGAAUCAAGGAUACCCUGAAUGGCUCGGAGUCAGGAACUCCACAAGUGCUGCUUCCCAACAACUGCGCUACGGCCAGCCGGAUUACCUGCAGCUGGAGUACCAGCCGGUGAGAGCCAGCUACAACAGCAACUACAGCCCUCAGGAAGUGCGUUCUGAAAGCCGUCCAAACCUGGGAGGCCAGUGGCUGCAGCAGUCAGCAUCAACACCACCAGCGGAAGAUAGGCCAGCCUACACGAGGAGAUCAAACUCAAAGUUGCAGGAUAUGUAUCAAAGACUGAGAGCGUCCGCGGGUAGCCUGGGAAGCCCCAGUACUCCAGGAAGGAGCACGUCGACAGGGGCGUCGACGGCUAGAAGCACUGCUGCGGGCCAGCGGUUGCGGGAGAAGAUGAUGAACGGGCCAAGCACAAGACCCACCUGGGGAAAGAAUUAA